UUGUAACAAAGCAGGUACUUGCUUAAUGCUUUAUUAUUUUGAUAUUUGGACGUUGUGAAUGUAAAUGUGAACAGCGAGUUUUGAAGUUUAGAAGAUAUAGCUGCAUAGCUAAUACAUUAAUAAGUAUGCGUGUUCCAACUUUGGCAGAGGACCCAAAAUAACGGCGACACUACGAUAAAUCGCAACCAGGUUCGAGUCUCGACCCAGUUGCCGUUUCACGGUUGGCUUGCUUCGGCGUGCCAAAUGACGCUGUUUCCCAUGCUUGUGGCCCCUGUAUUGAAGCGCUUGAAAUAUUACCAUUUAAAUUGACGGAGUCCAGUGUUAUGCAGACAAGACCUCAAUAAUGGAGAGUGGCUUGCUAGACUUCAAUGAUUUGAUGGACACGGGCGAUGACUACCCAGGGUUCAGUAUUGCCAAGUUCACUCCAGCCAAUGGGAACGGUAAUGAUGAGGAUGGUGUGCUGCGCACCCCAGAGCAUGAACAGACCGAUGACUUUGAACUCACACCUAGUCACAAGUCUAUUGGAGAUGAGGACAACAGUUCUGCCGUCUCUGAGAAGAGCAAAUUGGUAAAUGGAGGUGAAAACCAAACCAAAACUGAAAGCCAUACAACUUACCCUGAUGAAAGACUUAAUGAAGCUGAUAAGAAAAGCAUGGGAGAAAAUUUUGAAGACAGUAACAGCAGGGUAGAUGAUUUUGAUAGAACAGAUAGUAAAAUUGAAAGUGGAUAUGAUCACUGUAAUAGUAAAACCGGGCAAAGUGAAGAUGAUAGUUACAGUAAGACAGGUGAUGAUGAAGGGAACAAUAGUGAAGCUGAAUACACUGUUACGGAGGAUGUGAAAGCAGUGGAGUUGAAGAUGGAAUGCGCUGAUGAUGCAGUUGAAAGUUCUGCUGAUGCAGCCGGAGAAGAGAGUAGUGAGAUGGCAAUGACAGAGAAAACGGGACCACCAAAAUCUUCAGAAACCAAAAACAAGUAUAAAAGUUUACCGAGACCUAAGAUGAGGAUGUGGUCAGGCAAGUCUAACAGCAAUGAAGACAGUAAAGAUAGCCCAACUCAAGGUGACGAAGACAACAGUCCAAUGUUGGAGAAUGGCGAGGAUUGCAGUGAGGGUGACGGUCACUCAAGGUCAUCCAUGAAGGGCAGUGAGGAGCGAGGGCCCCAGGAGGAGGAGGAGGAGGAUCCUCAUCAGCAGUCCUUCCUUUCCUUCCUCAACCUCAAACCUGGAAUGUCUAAACCGUUGGAAAGCACUGAGAAAGUGGUGGAAGCCAAAUUAGAGGAAGAGUUCUACUCCAGGAAACGUCUUCGCACAAGAAAAAAGGUGAGUUACGUGGAAGAGGUGGAGGAUACUGAGGAUGAGGACUACGAUGCUGAAAACAGCUCAGAAGAGGCUGAAGACCACAUGAUAGACCUGGACUCCCCAAAACGCAAACGUUCCCGGACAAACAGUCGGUCGCCAGGCCAAGCAGGCGGGGUUACGCCCGCCCAGAUGCCACUGACCUACGCCAUGGCGCUGCAGAAGCUGUUGCCGGGGAUGAACCUUCAGUAUCUGAAUAACAAGCCCAUUGCUCAGGCUCAGCCAAAACAGGGCCUUAAGCAAGUGUCCCCAGUAGCCCCCAGGCUUCCUUCUCCUGCCCGGGGGUCUGUCUAUCAAGCUAUCAAGGGGCUGUUUGAGUGUGGGGUGUGUGGAUUGUUCUUUAGCACUGCCACCCAGUUCCUGCAGCAUCAGGAGAGCAAGCACUCGGCAGAUCGAAAGACUGGACUGUCACCCAUGGAGACAUUCCGAUGUGAGAUAUGCGGGUUCGUUCUCACCAACCGCUUUGCGUAUCUGGAGCAUAAAAAGAUGAAGCAUAACAAGGGUGUUUUAUUUAACUGUAACACAUGUAAGUCUUCUUUCCAGACCCAGGCUGAGUUUCAGGUUCAUCAGCUUACCUGCGUAUUUACAUGUAAAACGUGUAAGUCUUCUUUCAAGUCCCAGGCUGAAUUGAAGGUUCACCUGCUUUCCUGUGUAUUUAACUGUAAAACAUGUAGGUCAUCUUUCCAGACAGAGGCUGAAUUGAAGGUUCACCUGCUUUCCUGUACCGCUCCAUCAUGCACAUUGUGCGGUGCUAAUUUUAACUCUUGGGUGGAGCUCGGCGAACAUCGAAUCAAGGUUCAUAAUGCGGAUCAAUCUGCUACCAAGCAGUCGGCGAAUUGUGUGUAUAAAGGAUGUAGCUUCAAGGCACCUACGAGACAACAGUUAGAUGUGCAUGUACAAAGUCAGCAUAUGAAUGCAGAGCUGUUCGCAUGCAAUGUUCCAAAGUGUUCCAGGGUUUUUAGCUCGCGAAUAUCGCUGAAUCAGCACAAGAAGGAAGCGCAUGCCUCCGAGUUCAUAGUCCAAUACCAAUGUGUGGAGUGUAAGACUUGCUUCUCCAGUAAAACACUGUUAGCCGAACAUCAGUACCUUCAUAUGAUGGAGAAAUUACGAAAGUGUGACCUUUGCUCUCGAAGCUUUUCCAGCUUUAGUGACUUGCGAAGGCAUCGUGAGGUUCACAUCAUAAAAACAUCACUUAAGUGCCAGUUUUGUACGAGGUAUGUUGCCGAUCCUGUAGAGCUGAAAUCGCACAUCUGUUCUACGCUGCUCUCAAAAAACACCAACUUGCGAAUGUACUUUUGCGACGUGUGCAGAAGGGAUUUCCGAUCCGAUGAGAAGAUGUUUUUACAUCGACGCGAGCAUCAGAACUUCUAUCAGUGCGGAGUUUGUUUCCAGGACUUCUCGAAUGAAACGGAGUAUUUUAAACAUAGGGAGACCCAUGGGAACUACACGUGUAUGGAGUGCUGUGAAGAAAUGGAUCAGGAAAGUCUAAAUGCCCACCUAAAGGCUCACAAGUACUAUGUGAAAUUGGAAGAUUUGAUUUGUGAUGGGGGAACCAAUGAAAGGGUGAUGUUUCUCUAUCCGAAUUUGUUAAGUGUGGCGAAAUAAUAGUUUUUUUAGAUCUAUGAAUGGAAUUUAUGAUAAUGAAACCCUUUGUUUGUACUUUAAUUUUCAAUAUUUUGUAUGUUGGUGACAGUGAGUCAUUCAAUGAAAAUGGUAUUUUUGUGCCAGAACAUUGAGUAACAGUGACGAGGUGUUGUUCAUAUGAUUGAAUUGUGAUUUUUAAGUUGAACAUGAGAAGCCGGGACAGUAUAACAAAAAUAAAGCCAAUUUUUUUUUGUAUAUUUGUAACAAUUAGUAUUACUUCACUUGCCAAAUGCUGUCUCAAGAUAGAUUUAGUAAUUUCAUUUUGAAAUCUCUAUAUUAUAUAGCCGUUGCUAUCAGUUGAUCAGAGAUUCUUUUCAGGAUAGCUUUGUAAAAUAUUGUAUAAAACCACUGUGUGAAGAAUGAAUCAAAGGGAGUUGGAAUUUUCCUUUAGAUUGACACUAUCUUAUCAGAAAUUAUCAACAUAAUAUGUUUGUGUCAUAAUGUUGCAGAUUCCAACGCCUUGUACCGUAGGAUGGUCUUGUUUUAUGAAAGUUAAGCCUACAAUUAUUAUUGAAAAGAUGUCAGUUAUUGUUAAACCAAUUGCCAACUUUACAUAUUUGAGUCCAGUGUGUGCAUUUAGUUUUGACCAUAAAGGUCAUUGGUGCUGAAUAGUCAUAUAAGACAUACCUUUUAAAGUCUUGCAUUCCAAUUGUUGUGUAUGCAGAUAGACUGUCACUAGUUUUAAUAUGUUCAAUGAUAACACGUUGAAUGAAGUGACUGUUUGUUACUUGAAUUUGUUUGUCAUUCUUUAGUUUGAAAGUAUCAGUACUGACGGACAUUUGUUUGUAAUUUUAAGAAGUCAGUUAAUAAUAUUCUGUGUAUUGUACAUUUAAUUUAGAAUAGAAAAUAAACAUUACGAUGCAAAAGAUUUGUUUUACUUG